CGGCCCCGGCUCCGCGGGCCCCGGCGGUGAUGAGCGAGCCAUGGGCGCUCUGCGGGGCUGCCUGCUCGCCGCGCUGCUCGCCAUCGCCCCGCGGCCAGGUCCAUCGGCACAGUCCAGCUCGCUGUCCCGGCGGCUGCCCCGGGCAUGGCCGGACGGGCGGGUGGUCUCCCAGAUCACCCAUCCGAGCCGGCUGGUGGGACAGAGCUCGGGAGGGGAGGUCCAGAAGCACCAGUUGGACACCAGGGUCCGCAAUGAGCCCGGAGGAGGACGCCCGGGGCUGCACCUGGCGCAGGUGAGCUUCGUGGUGCGCGCCUUCGGCUCAGCCUUCACCCUCGACCUCCGCCUGAACCACCAUCUCCUCGCUUCCCACUACGUGGAGCGGCACCUCGGGGCCGGUGGCAACAGCAGCCACAGUGUGGGCGCCGGGGAGCACUGCUACUACCAGGGCCGGAUCCGGGGGCAGCCGCGCUCCUUCGCCGCUCUCUCCAGCUGUCAGGGCUUGCGCGGGGUCUUCUCUGACGGCCGGGCCACCUACCUGAUCGAGCCCCAGGCGGGCACCGAGCACAGGCAGGGCCUUCGACCACACGUGGUCCAGCGUGUCCCCAGUUGUCCCCGGCCGGACUGCCUCUUCCCUGCGCUGUCCCAGCGUCUCGCGGGCGAGUUACCAAAGCUGCGGCGGCGGCGGCAGGUCCGCCGAGCCCAGCACACGGUGCACAGCGAGACCAAGUACAUCGAGCUGGCGGUGGUGAACGACCACCAGUUGUUCCUGCAGCUCCGCAAGUCCGUGGUUCUCACCAGCAACUUUGCCAAGUCCGUGGUCAACCUGGCUGACAUGAUCUACAAGGAGCAGCUCAACACCCGCAUCGUGCUGGUGGCCAUGGAGACGUGGGCUUCAGAGGAUCGGAUCCGCAUGGGCGAAGACUCCCUGGAGACCCUGAACGAGUUUGUCAAAUACCGGCACGAGGGGCUGGUGGAGCAGAGUGACACCGUCCACCUCUUCUCGGGUCGGACGUUCCAGAGCAGCCGCAGCGGCACGGCCUUCGUGGGUGGCAUCUGCUCACCCACCCAUGCUGGGGGUGUCAACGAGUACGGCAACGUGGCAGCCAUGGCGGUGACACUGGCGCAGACGCUGGGGCAGAACGUGGGGAUGAUGUGGAACAAGCACCGCACGGCAGCAGGGGAUUGCCGGUGUCCGGACUCGUGGCUGGGAUGCAUCAUGGAAGACACAGGGUACUACCUCCCGCGGAAGUUCUCCCGCUGCAGCAUCGAUGAGUACAACCAGUUCCUCCAGGAUGGCGGUGGCAGCUGCCUCUUCAACAAACCCCUCAAGCUCCUGGACCCUCCGGAGUGUGGCAAUGGCUUCGUGGAGGCAGGAGAGGAGUGCGACUGCGGCUCGCUGGCGGAGUGCGCGAGGAGCGGGGGCAACUGCUGCAAGAAGUGCACGCUGACCCACGACGCCAUGUGCAGCGACGGGCUCUGCUGCAAAGGCUGCAAGUACGAGCCGCGUGGUGUGUCCUGCCGGGAGGCGGUGAACGAGUGUGACAUCCCCGAGAGCUGCACCGGUGACUCCAGCCAGUGUCCCCCCAACCUCCACAAGCUGGAUGGCUACUUCUGUGAAAAUGAGCAGGGCCGAUGCUACGGUGGGCGCUGCAAAACCAGAGACCGGCAGUGCAACGCGCUGUGGGGCCGCAGCUCGGCCGAGCGCUUCUGCUACGAGAAACUCAAUGUGGAGGGGACCGAAAGGGGCAACUGUGGGCGCGAGGGGCUCAACUGGCUGCAGUGCAACAAGCAGGAUGUCCUGUGCGGCUUCCUCCUCUGCGCCAACAUCUCGGGCGCCCCGCGGCUCGGCGAGCUCAGUGGCGAGAUCGCCGCCACCACCUUCUUCCACCAGAACCGCUACGUGGAUUGCAGAGGAGGCCACGUGCAGCUGGUGGAUGGCUCGGACCUGAGCUACGUGGAGGACGGGACGCCCUGCGGCCCUGGCAUGCUGUGUCUCGACCACAAAUGCCUUCCAGCCAGCGCCUUUAACUUCAGCUCCUGCCCCGGCAGCUGGGAUGGGAAGAUCUGCUUUGACCACGGGGUUUGCAGCAACGAGGGCAAAUGCAUCUGCCGAACAGAGUGGACGGGGAAGGACUGCAGCGUCUACGACCCCAUCCCUGAGCCGAAGCCCACUGGGGAGACGGAGCGCUACAAGGGUCCCAGUGGCACCAAUAUCAUUAUCGGCUCCAUCGCGGGGGCCGUGCUGGUGGCUGCCAUCGUCCUAGGGGGGACAGGCUGGGGAUUUAAGAACAUUCGCCGAGGAAGGUACGACCCGGCGCAGCAGGGAGUGUAACCAACCCCCCCCAUCGUCUCCUCGUCACCCUCACUGUCACCGUCACCGUCCGGCAGCGCGGCGGCGUGGGAGCCCGUCUGUCCGUGUCGCUGUGUGUCCGGCCGUGCUGUCUCCAUCUCUGUGACCCCCCCAAAAAAAACAGCUGAAAAGAGACAGCGAGGCGGGGGGGACCUGGCGGCAGCCCCCCUGUGCUGGCUCUUUUCGGCUCAGUGUCCCCCCGUGUGUCCCCCCUGUGUCACAGCCCCACACUUAACGCACCCCACUUCUGUG